AUGCAGGCGGCGGCCGCCGCCCCGCCGCCGCGCGCCGCGUACUCGCCCACACCGCCGCCGCGGUCCGUCGUGCCUUCCGGCCAGCAGCCGUCGCCGAUGCACUGCAGGGCCAUGAAACCCUGGGCCCCUACUCGGCGGGUCCCCGUCGCCCUGGGGCCCGCGGCCGAGCCCGCUCGACCUUCCCCAAGAAGUCGCAGGGCCGUCGGCCCCUGCGGCACGGCGUCGGCCGCCGCGCACUCCGACUCCGGGAGAGGCGCCAAUGAACCUGAGCCGCAAGUCCUUCGUCGUCGCGCAGCCCCACCGCCCGCACUGCGCGGCGUGCUUGCCCUUCCAGCCCGCCGCUCUACAAGCAGCACCUCGUGCGUGCUCGUUCCGAACUACGCGGCGCUCGCCGUCGCCCGCGCCGCUCGGCGCGCCCACGUGGCGGCGGCGGCGGCGGCGGAAGGGCUGGCCAACGGGCUGGGCGGCGGGUCGCGGCUGGCGCGCAUCCUGGCGCAGCCGCCCGUCACGCCGCACCACCGCCUCGUGGCCGCCGGCCUGGCCAACGGCGCCGGCGUGGGCCUCGUGCCCGUGGAGCGCCUCAUGUACAACCCCGAGCUGCACCCGGCUCACUCGCCGAUGCCCGUCUUCGGGCUGGCGCACCAGGAGAACGGACGCGCCUGCAGCUCCAGCCCCGGAUCCGACAAGCGCUCCUGGAAGCAGGGUUACAUUGAUGGAGGUGACACAACUGAUGAAGCCGAUGAUUCUGGUUGCGGAGGAGUAUCUCAAGAUAUGGACCACAUAAUGGGUGAUGACGAAACAAACCCUCCAAAUAAAAGGCACAAGUUAUCACUGGCUUUAGCCUCUGGGAAGGGAGUAUUGCCUGCCCUGCCCAGUUUAGAUGGAGAACCUGAAGGACAAUACACAUGUGAUCAGUGCGAUAAAGCAUUUUCCAAGCAAAGUUCACUGGCACGUCACAAAUAUGAGCAUUCAGGUCAACGACCUCAUAAAUGUGAUGUCUGCACAAAAGCAUUUAAGCAUAAACAUCAUCUAACAGAACACAAACGACUCCAUAGCGGUGAAAAACCUUUUCAAUGUUCGAAGUGUCUUAAGCGUUUCUCACACUCUGGAUCAUACAGCCAACAUAUGAAUCAUCGCUACUCCUACUGCAAACCAUACAGAGAGUAGCUAAAAUCCCAGCAUCACGUUGGGAGAAGCCUGAGAAAUGGACUGUGUUCCCUCAUCAGCACAUGAUAAAAUGAGAGAAGAGAGAUAACCUAAGAUAAAACGAAAGUAGUGUCAUGAGGAAGGACAAUUGGUAUGACAUCUUAUAAUAUUCUUGCAAUCAGGAAAUCUAUGUGUGUGGUACAUUUACUUUUUAUUUACUACACAAAGAAUUGUUAGAAAUUAUGUAAUAUUCAAAAUUCAGUGCUAAUUUAGGAAACAUAUGAACUUUGUUAGUUAUUUUUGAUUGGACAAAUAUUUCAGUACCUACCUGUAUUUUGUGUACAGGUCCUAAAGUGAUCAUGAAAUAACAAGCCUUUUGUGUUAUUGUUUAUAAUUGUAAGAAUUGUAAUUUAAUUUUUUAAUACCAUGUAUCAUUAGUUGAUAUAUUGGUAUUUAAUUUUCAUCCUCUUACUUUGCUUGCACUUGAAAAAUUGCUAAUAGCAAUUUUCAUUUUUAUGAAUGAAAGAUUUAAAAUGUAAUGCAUUAUUUCUUAAUGAGUAUUGUAAGUUCCAUUCCAAUACAUACUUUGUACAGCAAUAUUUCAAGUUUUAUUCAAAGGAUUUUUGUGUAUCACUUCAUAAAUUAUUGGACCUGUGGUUAGAAGGUAAGGGGAUUGUGCAAAAUGUUUUAGUAUGCAAAUGAAAGUACUAGGAAGAGACAGAUUUGAUGAAGCCCCUCCAAUUCUCAGGCAGUUCUUUUUAAAACUUCCCUGUUGUAACUCUUUUCAAUUUCUAUUUUAAUACAUCCUGCUCUAUUUUAUUCCCUAUAUAUGUAGCUUCUAUAUGUGUAUGUAUAUGUAAGUUUGCAAUGUUGCAAUGAACCAGGAAAGUCUAUUCCAAGUUGGUUCACUUACAAUUCUAGAACAUUUAACUAAGAAUUUCAUGAGUGAAUGAAUUUAUGGUUAAUUUUCAAAAAUUUCUCCUAAUUGAAAGCUGACAGACUUCUGUUUUAAUAGGCUCAAGUGAAUAUCUUUUUAAUUGAUUGUUCAAUGAAUACAGUGUUUAAGAGGAUAUAUUCUUCAGUAUAUGAAAAGAUGAUGAAAUGCCAAUCAUUGUUACAAAAAAUUAAAUUUCAGUUUUAGCUCAUAAAAAAAAAAUACUUGUUUUAAGGUUUUUAUUGUGUUGGACGUGCAAAAACAACAUCAAAAAUGGAAUUAAUCACAUAAUUAAUUUUCUGUUAAAUACCUUCAUUCAUUAUUUUAAAAAGAAUGAUUUUCACAAUUUUUAAAAUUAUGAGAUAUCCUGGUUCAGUUGAAAACAUUAGUGGUAAUCACCACUGUCCACUUUUCAUAUGAUUGUAGCCUCCAGAAUGUUUCAAAAGCAAAACUAUGUACUUAGAAAUUUACUAGUGCUCCCUAUUUAUUCUUCUCUAAUUGUUCUGAAAUGUCCUCAAUUUCUUAAGCCUCACCACUUAUAAAAUACUUUUAUUCCCAACUUAAAUGUUUAACUCCCCAUUACAAGACUAUAAAGUAUUAAUACUCACAUUUCAAAUAUGCUCCUUAAUCUAGAUAUCUUUGAAAUACAUUUUUCCCUUACAAGGCAUGUAGAAGGCAUUAUGUCAUGUUAGAAAAAGGAAAAGAUUGUUUAGCAGCUUUGGAAGAUGUACAAUUACACCUUUAAUUCGAAAUUUGACAUCCAAUCUCCACUUCAGUUUUUUCUUUCCACUUCCUAGACUGAGGAAGAGAUUUGAAUAUUUAACUGUCACUGGAAUCAUUUAAAAUCUAAUAUGUGUCUUUUCUUAUUCCCAAACAAAGAGAUAAAUAUUUAUUAAUAAUAGAAUAGUUGCAACUCAGCAAAUAUUACCAUAUUUUCUUCAACAUUGGUGACAAUGUAUGUAAUAUAGAGGUGGAUAGUUACAUUAUUGUACCUGUAUGAUACUUAAACAAGUUCAUCUUGCCCAAAUUAAAUAGUAAUUUCUAAGAAUUAUAUUUUUUUGCACUGAAUAGAAUUGAGGUGGGUGCUUUCUUUUGAUCAAAAUCUACUACAAUGUUUUAAAAUCAGUUUUGAUUUAGAAAUUAAAAACAGUUACUGAGAUAGUUAGAUAGAUAUAUAUACUACUAACGAUAAACAUGUUAUGUGCCAUGAUAUUAAAUCAACUGUCUUCCAGCACCUUGGCUGAACUGUAGGAGAGAUAGAGUAAUUUUUUCCACAGGAAAAUGAGUUGGCUAGUCAGACAACGAAACUGCAUAGAAUGAUGCUAAUCAAUAAAUGUGUGUGAAUAAAUCUUAGCAUAAAAACUGCAAAUCAUGAUGUUAAAACACAUUUUUUGAGUUCUUAUUUUAAUUUAUUGUGUUCAAUUUCCAGAAAAAAUAUGCGCUUUUCCUUUGCAUUCUUCAAAAAUGAAUGUAAUUUUAUUCCCCAAAAGAGUAACCUUUUUUAUGAUGAUGAGAACAUUUGCAGUGAUAAACACCACAAUCUAGAAACACCAGUGAGGAAAUUAAAACUUCAAAUUUGAUCUGUAUUAGCAUGAAAUCUAAGGUUACAUUUGAAACAAGGUCUUACCAAGUUAUUUUUAGUUAGGAAUGUUUCCUCUGAGAGACGGCAUUUAUAUUAAAAUUUUGUUGAUAAUUUGGAUAAUACAAUAAGGAUUCAUAUUUUCUAAUUGAUCCGUAAUUAGUAUUUUCAUUUGCCUUUUACAUGAUCUGCUAGUAAAACAAAUGAAUGUGUGAUUGCUUAAUCAAAUUAUCAGAAACCAAAAUCAUAUUAGUUAAAAACUGAAUACUCAUCACUAUGCAUAGUUUCAAACUGGCACUCAAGACCCCAACUCCUUGGUAAUUAACUGUGAAAUAUCUUUGGCACAGGUGUGUAACCUUGACAAUAUUACAUAUAGACUCCUCAGAGAUAUGAUACAUAAGCGAUCUUAUUCAGUAAAGAAAGGGGAUACAAAAUGAGUAACAAGAACCAAAUGUUUAAUUCCUAUUGCUCCCAAUGUCUUAUUACCUUUAUCUCCCUCCUUUGAAACAAUUUAAGAACCACACCAAUACUCAGGAGUUAUUUUUAUUUACAACAUACUUUUGACACGUGUAUUCAAUUAAUAUGUACAAUAUACAUCUAAUGCAUUUAUAUGAGAUACUAAAAGUAUAAUGUAAUUCCUCUAAUAUGUCUAUUAAUAACUUGUUUGGGGGUCAUCUGCAGUCGAGCUUUCAUUUAGUGCAAAAAGGCUUUCAAAUACAUACUGGUACUGAUGUUUUGAAUAUGAAUUCAGGUUUUUUCUAAUGUGUGCUGUGGAACUUUGAAAUCAAGGAUAAUGAAUCAUGUUACUUAUUGUUUGGAGGAGAAACAGUGAUUUAAUAAACAAACGAAUAAAAAGUGUCUUUUGUGCAUGAAACUCAUCAACGAUGAAUGCGUUUCAUAUUGUAGUUUUCUUCUUCUUAAUACUCAUCAUUCCAAAUGGUAAUGUUAUAUUUCCAGUAUGUAAGCUGUGUAUAUGAAGAAAGAUAUGGGUUGACAAUAAGUAGAAUGUUUUUAUAUUGCCAAACUACCUGAUUGUUAAAUACUCUAAUCAGGGUGAUGUGAAACUUGUAGGUUUCAUGUACUUUGUGCACCAGCAAAAAUAAGAGUUUUUUUUAUUCUUAAGCCUAAAGAGAAAGUGGAAUAUUUGAUAGAAUCACAAGGUGUGUGAUAUACAUAAAUAUAUAUAUAUGAUAUAAAAGAAAGAAAAAAGAGUAUAUAUAAUAUAUAUUAAUAAAGAUAUGAGAAAUGGUUAUAUAUAAUAAGAGAUGCUGACAUAUCUCAGCAGUGUCUCUUAAUAAAUGAUAUUAAUAUUACAUAUUUCCUUUCCAUUUAUUUUGUAAAUACUGCAUAUAUAUAAAUAUCUUAUCUUCUAUAUCAUGUUUUGAAUCAUCUAAUUAGUUUAUUUGAGAAUGUUCAUGUAUGAUUUUGACUGCCCCUGAUAUUAACUCUGUCCAAUUGUUAAAAAGGGCUGAUUUACAAAACUGGUUGUUGAAUUCAUAGUUUAUAUUUCUCCCCACAGUGCUUAUUGUAAGAUAAGAGAUAACUUGUUUGCAUGUGGAGUGUGUGCUUUUAUUGGUAACCAUGGAAAUCAUACACGAACAAUCUUUGAAUGCUACAUCCUUUUUCUCUUCAUGGACAAAAUUGUUCUUAAUAUUUAGCUUUCUUGAUGGGUUGGAAAUAUUGUAUGAAAGAGUUGUAAUAUAAAUGAGUGUGACAUAUAUUAAAACAACCUCAUUCCUUAUGUUUAUUGGAUUUUGUUUGUCUUCUGCAUGAUGAACAUUUGUGUUGAAAGGAUGAACUUGCUUGUGAGAUAUGGAAAUCUUGUAUUUUAAUAUUUUAAUGGGAUUUAUCUUGUAAAAUAUCGAAUCUAUGUCUUGUUUAUUAAUAGAUUAGUCUUUUAAAGUAAUCUCAUCAUUACAUCAUUUUUAAUUAUUCAGUCCUUUGUGGGCUCCUUCUUUGGUGAGCUCUUUUUUCGGUAGCACUUGUUACAAAUGCAAAUGUGACAUAAUCAUUUAUUUUUUGUGUCAUUGAUAUGAUUGUUUUCUUUUAUGAUUGCUAUUGCAUGGGCUGCAGAAAGAAAUACUGAAAAAAAAUUGCAUUUUAAAUGGGUGUAAUUUAAUUGCAGUAUUUCAAAGCAGGGCUGAUUGUAUGUGAAAUGAACUUUUGAAGUAAUGAUGAGAACUCCCAUGGUAAAUUUUAAUUUUUUACGAUGUACUGUAUAAUUUUAUAAAAGUAUAUGACUAUAAGUAAGGUUUUGCAAACAACGAAGUAUGAUUUGUUGCAUGUUUAAAGUAGACAUCCAUAUUUGUGUAUAAUUUUUAUAAAACAUGAUUAUUGUAUUGUUUUAGUUCAUAUUUCCUACUGUGGUUCAACUUUGUAGUGAAUUGUUUCAACAAGCUAGUGUGACCAAAGAUCAUGUAUCAUAGUCCAUAUUUCUUUUUUUUUUUCUCUUUUUUUUCCUUUUUUUUUAAAUUUCAUUUUUGUGCAAUGCUGUUACUCUUUUAUCUUCUAAUUUAUAAUUUCUCACAUGUGUUUGAAUUUGUUGAAAUGGAUAAAUAGUUGUGUAUUUUUUCUCUGCUCCUGGAAAACAGAGACCUCAAAGAUGUACCAUUGCAGAGGGACUUUUUAUAUUAUUGUACUGUAUGCAUAAAUACCCUCCCAUUAUAAGAUUAAUAUUUAAGGGCAAAUUAUAUAAAUCUAUGAGAAUGUGAGUGGAUAGGCCAAUGAAAAAUUUGCCUAUUAAAGUCUGUACAUUUAAUUCAUAAUGUAUAAAUAAAAUUUGUGAUCAUA